AUGCAACAUAUUCAAUCUGCCAUUCGCUCAGCUGGACAGACCUUGACAGUCGACGAAGUACAGAUGCAAUACCACAUCUCCGCCGCAACUGUUCUCGCCUCCCGCCACAUCAGAGGCAACCCCGGCUCAGUAUGGGUCUUGCGCGUCGACGUGGAAGCGCUGGCCCUACAACUCUACCGUACUCGAGAGUUCCACAAUGCCCGCAAGGAGCAGUUUGGCAAACCGUGCUCCAUCUGUGCUAUCACUAGGUUCAGACCGGAGCACCAUAUCGGCAAGCCGCGGCCAACACAAAAGACGGCUGUUCGCUUGAUCGCGAAGAAGCGGUCCACGAGACGUUCAACGCGAUCUUCAUGA